AUGGUGGGGCUAUUCCAGGGGUCCUCUGUGGAAAAAGACAAGGAUGAUGAUUCUGAAGAAAAGUUUGAGGACAGAGAUGGACCGCCGAGGAAGGAGGGAAGCCAUGCAGACAAGACAAGGGAUAAGGCCAUUCAAUCCCAAGAAGUAGGCUUCUGUGAAAUCCCAGCAUAUGAGUGUGGAAUGAACUUCUCAGAUCAAAGCCAAUAUGAGAUCCAUUUGCAAAUGCACAAGGAGCGACCUUUUGAAUGCUCAGAGUGUGGAAAGAGAUUCAGUCACAGUGGUGACCUUAAAAGGCAUCAAAGAACACACACAAAGGAGAGACCUUUUGAAUGCUCAGAGUGCGGAAAGGGAUUCAGUCACAAUAGCACUCUUCAUGUGCAUCAAAAAACUCACACAAAGGAGAGACCUUUUGAAUGCUCAGAGUGCGGAAAGAGAUUCAGUCAAAGUGGCAGUCUUCAACACCAUCAAAGAACUCACACAAAGGAGAAACCUUUUGAAUGCUUUGAGUGUGGAAAGAGAUUCAGUCGGAGUGGCUAUCUUCAACUGCAUCAAAGAACUCACACAAAGGAGAGGCCAUUUGAAUGCUCAGAGUGUGGAAAGAGAUUCAGUCAAAGUGGCACUCUUCAUGUGCAUCAAAGAACUCACACAAAGGAGAGACCUUUUGAAUGCUCAGAGUGUGGAAAGAGAUUCAGUCAAAGUGGCAGUCUUCAACACCAUCAAAGAACUCACACAAAGGAGAGACUUUUUGAAUGCUCAGAGUGCGGAAAGAGAUUCAGUCAGAGUGGCAGUCUUCAUGUGCAUCAAAGAACUCACACAGGGGAGAGACCUUUUGAAUGCUCAGAGUGUGGAAAGAGAUUCAGUCAAAGUGGUGGUCUUCACCAGCAUCAAAGAACUCACACAAAGGAGAGACCUUUUGAAUGCUCAGAGUGCGGAAAGAGAUUUAGUCACUGUAGCACUCUUCAUGUGCAUCAAAGAACUCACACAAAGGAGAGACCUUUUGAAUGCUCAGAGUGCGGAAAGAGAUUCAGUCAAAGUGGUGGUCUUCACCAGCAUCAAAGAACUCACACAAAGGAGAGACCUUUUGAAUGCUCAGAGUGCGGAAAGAGAUUCAGUCAAAGUGGCAAUCUUCACCAGCAUCAAAGAACUCACACAAAUGAGAGGCCUUUUGAAUGCUCAGAGUGUGGAAAGAGAUUCAAUUGUAGUGGCAAUCUUCAAAAGCAUCAAAGAACUCACACAAAGGAGAGACCUUUUGAGUACUCCAUCAAAGAACUCACAUAA